UCUGAUGUUGACAAAACCGCUUCGAAGGUUGUUCUUCGUUCUUGGCGCGUAGAUGGUAAACAGAGGGUGGAGGUCCGCUUUAUUAUUUUGGAAGGAAUAACACCACUUGUUCGGGAUGUUCUUUUGAUUUGCAAAUGUGAAAAUUAUUUAAGCGGAUUAUAGCAUGGAACCUGAACAAAUUGAAUGCGCCGACGAGUCGUCGAAGGAGAUCAAAGCCAUCGGGAAGGAUACUGUUCACAGGAUCUGUUCAGGACAGGUCGUCUUGAGUUUAGCAAUUGCCGUCAAGGAGCUAGUAGAGAAUUGCAUAGAUGCCGGUGCAACCCUUGUGGAAGUGAAACUCAAGAAACAAGGACUGGAGUCGAUUGAGGUUGUGGACAAUGGUGCAGGCGUUGAAGAGAAGAACUUUCAAGGAUUGACUGCAAAGCAUUACACUUCGAAACUCCGAGAUUUCGAGGAUUUACGGUCAGUGGACACCUUCGGGUUCCGAGGAGAAGCACUGAGUUCCCUAUGCGCGUUGUGCGAUGUAUCAAUAACAACUCGACACACCUCAGCUGAAAUCGGAACCAAACUUGAACUGGACCAUUCGGGAAACAUAAAAAUACAAACAGCAUGUGCUCGCUGCAUAGGGACGACAGUGACAUUAACCAACAUCUUUGGUACUCUUCCCGUGCGGCAAAGGGAGCUCUCCAAAAACAUUAAAGCAGAAUUCAAUAAAAUGUGCCAAAUUUUACGAGCAUAUUGCCUUGUAACGAAAGGGGUUCGAAUAAUUUGUACAAAUCAGAAUAGCAAGGGCAUAUGGCAGACGUUCCUGUGCACGAGAGGCAGUCAAACCGCACUCGCUAACAUCGAGGAUAUUUACGGAGCAAAAGAGAUUCAGAAUUUAAUGGAAAUCAAACAACCUGUUGAGGAAGGGAAAGAGGAGGGAAAUAUUCUUGAUUUGCAAGACCUCAACACUAGCUUGGAUAUUAGUACAUCCAAUAUAGAGCUAAGUCAUUUAGCCAAGUUCAAAUUCGAGGGUUGGAUUUCGAGCUGCGCUCAUGGAAGCGGUCACAAGCUUAAAGACCGUCAAUACUUUUUUGUUAAUUCCAGACCAUGCGAACCAAAGCAGAUAAUCAAAGCGGUAAAUGAAAUAUAUCAUCGUUACAAUCUUCGUGAAUAUCCUUUCGUUUACCUGAACAUCCUUACGUCUAAAUCAGAUGUAGAUGUGAAUCUAACGCCUGAUAAGCGUCAGCUUCUUAUCAACAAUGAAAAGCUUCUCAUCCUGGCUAUAAAAUUGGCGCUAACUAAAACAUUCCAAGUCGUACCGUCAACAUUUAGACCAGACCAGACAAUUCAUAGCGUAGACCUAAAUAAAACUGCGGAGAAAGAGGACGAUGAUGAAAACUUUGAUCUGACAUCGUCUCAAGAAAAAUUCAAAUCGAUGUUGUCGCAAUGGAAAGCAACCGGAAAUACUGGCGGUAACGAACCGAUACCAAAAGUGACGAAAAGGAAACAGAUGGAUGAGAUCACAGUUCAAAAAAUGAAACUGGCCAAAAUACAGCAAUAUUUGGAAAGAGAUGCGGGGUCCAGUGUUCCAUCGGCUAAGACGAGCCCUUGCAAAGUUCAGCAGAACGAGACAAGUAAAUUGGCCAUUAGAUCACCGGAGAAGAGUGCUACUGAAGAGGAAGCAAGUAGCUCGAGUCCUAGCGCUGAUACUGAUGAUUAUGAUCAACCGCCUGUAAAAGCCGUGAAAAUGGAAAUAUUUGAACCGAUCUCAACCACUCGAAGUGAACAAGAAGUUCAAGCUAUUGCUGAAACACACACAUCAUCAGUAGCGGCGUCUGAUAGCGAUGAAGAGCCUCCUUCGCAGGACCUCGUUUAUGAUGACGACAGCAAUGAUAUUGGCAAAACAUUUUUCGAGGAGAGUGAAACUAUUUCAAUUACUCCCGAUGAGAUUGAAGCUUUGGUAAUACGCGAAGAAAAACUGGCCAAAUCGUCUCGUGACAAAGCAAACCUCGCAAAGUUGAAGUUCAAAGCCGAGAUAAAUCCGAGUAAAAAUAAAAACGCCGAAGAAGAACUUGAAGGAGGAAUAACAAAGGAUAUGUUUGCAAGAAUGGAUAUAAUUGGACAGUAUAACCUUGGAUUUAUUAUCGUUAAAUUUGAUGAUGAUCUGUUCAUUGUCGAUCAACAUGCAACCGAUGAAAUGUAUAAUUUUGAAAUGCUUCAACGAAGCACACAACUACAAUCUCAAAAAUUGGCAGUUCCGAAAACGCUGGAAUUUACCACAGUAAAUGAAAUGAUUCUGAUGGAUAACCUGGAAGUAUUCAAAGCAAAUGGAUUUGAAUUUGAAAUUGAUCAAGAAGCACCUGCCACAAGGAGAGUCAAGUUGCUCUCUAAGCCAUUCAGUAAGAAUUGGGAGUUCGGAAAGAACGACAUCGACGAGUUGAUUUUCAUGCUUCAUGAUGCUCCUCCAAAUACCAUGUGUCGACCUUCACGUAUUAGAUCUAUGUUUGCAUCAAGAGCGUGUCGAAAAUCUGUGAUGAUCGGAACAGCUUUGAAGCAAACUACGAUGAGGCAAUUGAUUGAUCAUAUGGGAGAGGUUGACAAACCGUGGAAUUGUCCACACGGACGACCAACUAUGCGUCAUCUGGUGAAUCUUGCAAUGCUUAAUGAUCAAACGUAAUUUUGUUUUUACUUUGU